AUGAGUUAUAAUUAAAAUAGAAAAUCAGGAAAUGGAUACUAAAAUUAAUAAUAAACAUACCAAUAAUCUCAAAUAUAAUAAUAAUUAGAAAUUAGAUAUUAUGUUUACUAAGACCUAUAAAACAUAAUAAAUUUAAUAUAUUCAAGAAAUGCUGUACUUGAACAUUUUCAAAAUUAUCCAAAUCAUCCAAUGGUUACUUUAAGUAAUAAUAAAUUACUUUUAUAAUUAAAUUUAUCAAAUGCAAUACAAUUAGACUAGACAUAAUAAUAUUAAAGGGAAUCAAAUUUAUCUAAUUAUUUGAAAUAAGAGAGAUAGAAAGCCUAUACUAUUCUGAAUAAAGUUAUUAUUGAAACGAAGUCAUCACAUUAAAAUUCAAGUCAAAUAAUCAAAAAUAACGAAAUAGAAUUAGGAUAUGUGAAUAAUGAAGAUUCAAUAUAAACAGCAUUAAUAGAAUACUCUAAUGAUUAUAAGAAUGGCAAUUUUAAAUUGAAUAAAUAAUAUAAAUUAUAAGAAACAGGUUUAGUUGGUAAAUUUGAUGAAUCAGUUCUAUCUAAAAUAAUUUCAUCUAUAUAAAAUGUUGAUUCCAAAAUUAAUUAAUUAAGAAAUGGUUAAAGAUAUGAUCCUCUAACGGAAGAAGACAUUUUACAAACAGCAAAGUAUUUUUAUUUAUUAUUUUAGAAAAUAUAAAAAAAAUGCUGAAAAGAAAUUGAAAGAAAAUUUUACUGAAAAAGUUCCUUAAUUGAUAAACCCUGAAGAAGAAAAGAAUAUAAUUGAUUAGAAUUCUACAUUAAAAGAGUCAUAAAAUUAAGUAUAAAAUGACUUUUAGCCAAAUGAAUAAGACAAAACCUCAGAAACAAAUUCUUUAUCAACUAAAGACAUAAAUAAACUUAAAGAUGAAAUUUAUCAAUUUUUGAAAUAAUUUAAUUUAGAUCCUAAUGAAUAAUAAUUCUAAGGGAAUAUAAAAGAAGCUAAAGAAUUUUUAUUCAAUCUUUUAUAUGCCAAUUAAUCAAAUGAAGAUGUACUCUUUUCACUUGCUGAAUAUCUAGCCUUAUCUUAUCUUGAUUAGAGUAAAAAAAAAACAGAAUAAUCUAAUUUGCCAAGUUGCUUAUUACAAUACAUUGAAAAUCAAAGUGAGAUAAAACUAUUAAGAGAUCAAGUCAAAUCAUAGUAUACAAACUAAGAAAGUAAAUAGAGUAACUAAUUGUAUGAUAACUGUUGCUAAUUUUAAAACAAGAAUCCACAAAUAUGA